CUUCAGCAACUUGAUAUUUUGGCUGUGAAGGAGGUGGCAGGCAUAACCAGACUGUUGUUACUGUUCUGGAGAGCCAUGCGGUAUAUUCUUUAAGCAAAGAAAAAGCAGCCGCUCAGUUUUAUGUGAUGCAAAGCAUUCGGUCAAAGAAUGAAGAUCAUCAAGUUUCUAGUAUAGAUGCUGGUACAAGUUUGCAAAGGCCUUUGGUCAAGAGGAGUUCCUGUUGUUGAAUACUAUCACCUGCUUCCUUAUGCUGGAAUUUUGUCUAAUUGGAUUUCUAGUUACAUCAAUUGAGCAUUGCACAGCAGAACAUUGCUUUGUAUGAUAAAAUUAUCCAAACAAUACUAAAAGUUAAGGAUAGCUUAUUCCAUGUCGGACGUGGCACCCAUUGAGGAGGCAGUGAGCGCAUUGUUGGAGUGGUUGGUUGAUCCACUGUUACCUUCAAAGCUAUAUGGAAAGGAUCCUCCAUCACUUGAUAAUCAGCAUUCUGUUGCUAGACAGAUGCAUGCUGUUGUGCUACUCUACAACUACUACCAUAGGAAGCAAGAUCCAGAGUUGUGCUUUUUGGAAUUUGUGCCAUUUUGCAAGUUGGCUUUAACUUUAAAGCCAACUCUAAUGCCUCAUAUGAAGUUUACACUUCAAACCGAUCCUGUUGGGUUGAAUGAUCUGGAAAACCAACUUUCAGUGACAGAGAAAGCAGUCAUGGAUGCCUGCAAUAUCUCAUUGUCUUUAGAUGCACUGAAAGACGUUCCAAGCAUAGAAGGAUGGCCGAUUUCAAAUGUUUCAGUGCUGUUGGUCGACUCAGAAAAGGAGAAUUGUGUGCUGCUAUUUGGUUCUGUUACUAAAGGUGUCUGGUCUGUUAUUGAAAAAUCUAUCAAUGACUUCAACAUAGAUUUGGAAAAUACAUCAGAGGGAAAAAGAAUAAGUCAAACAACGACAGGUGAACAACUCACAGAGUCAUACUUUGAGCAGCUUGCCUCGAUAGCUGUCAAGGAAGCUACAGGCAUUAAUCACUCUGAUCUCAUGGUUUUGGAGAGGUAUGUGGUGUAUUCUUUAAGUAAAGAAAAGACAGCUGCUUAUUUCUACAUUAUGCAAUGCACAAGUGGUGGAGACAUUCAAAUUCCUAUUAAAGAUACUAUUGAGAGUUUGCAGGGCCCCCUGUUUGAAUGGAUGUCUUAUAGCUGGAUGCCUACUGCAGUGGUUGAGCAUUAUAAUGUGCUUCCUUAUGCCAUGAUUCUGUCAAGAUGGUAUUCAAGGUACAAGGGGCAUCAUUCAUCUAGCGAUUUCUUUUCUUACAUGCUGAGGCUUCUUGAUCUUAACUUCUCUGAUAGUCUAGAGAAAAUUAUGUUGAAAAUAGAAAGCAUAUUUAGGAGCAGCCUUGUUCUUUCAACUGCACAAAUGUAUAGUAGAGAAGGAAAGGAUUCUGGAAUUGGCAUCAAUUGGACUCUCCCAUACGAUCUAUAUUGGACUCAAGGGGAAGAUUCUGCACCAGUUUGUCUUGAGCCAAAUGCCAGAAGUGUUGAAACUCAGCAGGCUACACUUGUAAUGAAAGGCAUAGCACUGGCAGAGACUGCUUUGGGUCAUUUAUUCAGUAAAAGAACAAAAAUGUGUCAUCAAGCUCGCCUCAUGCAUGAUGAGAUUGCAGCUUGUGAUCAAAACAUCCAGAAGAUCUUAGAGGGCAAUGAAGAUGCUUUGGCUCUUAUGUUAGAUGCUAUCAUGGAUGGUUGUAAUGAUGCAUGCUUCAAAGAUGGGUAUCAGCAUGAGAGUUAUCAACAUGGUGGCCAUUGUCGCUUAAAUCAACUCAGAAACACAAAGAGGAUAUCAGAUGCCAUCUUUAAUUUGCAGUCUCCUACUCAGGUAAGACAAUUGUUUAUUUUGUCAGUAGAAGUUGAACGUCUUCUCUGCAUCUCUCCUGUAAUGGGUUCACUCAAGACAAAGGGGACGCCCUAA